AUGCCAAACCCCGACGCAGACUUCCUCCGCAUCCGCGACAACAUCUCGCGCAGCCUCACCAAUCUCACCACUCAGAUCUGGUCGCUUGCCGACGUUGACGGGGACUCCACGCAAGCCAGCGAGAUCCCGCCAACGCCUCGCCUCGGCCCAGGCAGAUUCGACUCUGGAAGCCCAGCCAUCCCGCCUCCAACGCCGCGUGCUGCAGGCCGAGAGGAUGCGAACCGCGGGGUGGAGCGUGUUUUGAAGAGGAAUGAGGAGCUCCAGAGUGAAAUCGCGGCGUUGCGGAUCCAGCUCCAAGAUGCGCAGGCGCGAGCUGGGGGUGGCUGGGACUUAUCUGCUUCAGCCUGUGUGGAGGAAGAGAUGGCACGGAUGCCGGGAGCAUAUCCUGCGGAGAUUUCGCCGGUCGAGGCUGGGGUUGAGGUUGCAAGGACGGAGACAGGGCCAGAAAUUGAAGAGGUUGAUCGAAGAGCGAGGCGCUCAGGGCGGGUUGAAGAAAUCGCGAGAGGAAAGCGAAGGGCGAAAGGAAGAGCUACAAGAUGCGAAGCACGAGUAUGA